AGUCAUUGGUGAACACAUCUGUUCCUGGGUCCUUGAUGUGUAAAUUUGCCUUAGAGCUAAAGUUAAACUAUUUACUAUCUCCUUCCCUUGAGUCAAAUCUGUCCAGAUGUCAUUGUUUACGAUGUCAAAGCAGGGAGCCUUACAAAUGAACACGGGUGCAUUUUCAGCUGUAUCCAAAAAUCUCAAUCUCUAAAUACUGUGGAUUGCAAGUUUUUUUUAAUAAUAAUAAUAAUAAUAAAUUCUCUCGGUGAACAGAUGGUAUGUAGCUGCUGCUUCCCUCAGGCCUGUUUAUAUGUAUAUACGUAUGUGGCCAUUCCGGCAUGAUGUAACAUGCUGCUUCUAUAAGAAUGUUUAUAUGGUCUUAUAAGAAAUGCACAUAGAGACUCCACGCCCACAGUCAGAAUCAGAAUCAUCUUUGGUGGUGAUAAAGUUGAGACUAUUCAAAUAUAUUGCAGAACUAUGUUGCUCCACUGAGCUGUACACGUCUGACAGUUAUUGUUACUGUUGCUAUAUUAACCACCAAUUAUUUAAACGCCCCACACUAUUACUUCCUUAAAAUAUAUAUUAAAGUUACUUUACAUAGAAGUUGUUUUAUUUACUUUCAUUCUAGGUAAAUUUUUUUAGCUUGGACACAACUCUAUGGUGUCUGAAACAGCAUUAAAAAAAGUAAACUCCUUUUUUGCCAAGCGUUGAGACUCGAUAUGCUUCACUUGUUAGGAUGUCUGAACCAUAAUAAAGUUCUAUCUAUCUUAACCUUUUUUCUAAACGUCAAUGAUAACUACAGAAAUUUCCCAGUAGAAACAUUGUUGGCAGCCAUUGUUUCUGUAAGCAGUCACACUUCUUUGCAGCCAAGUCGUUUAUUAGUUAAACAGGUUAAUUGUUAAUUUUACUAGGAUUCAAAGUAACACACGAGCUGGGCCGCUCUGCUGUCGUAAUCAGGCUGAUCUCCGCACUCACAAGGCUAUGUCACAGGAACACACCUUUCUGCAGGAAUUAGAAGUUAUUGUUGCAACCGCCGGAACAGCUACUCUAGCUGCAGAAUUGAAGGAUUUUCUCCUUCAGGCAGGUGUAGCUAUACAUUUGUUUGUUUGUCCUCUGUUAUCAAUCUCUUCAACUGUUCUAAAGCAGAUUGUCAGUUGAGUGAACGGUGGUAGCCUCCUGUGAGAUGUGGCCCUUUGGACUGAUCCGCAUUCUCUCAGUGUAGAUAAAGUUCACAGGCAUUGAAAUAACCUAGUCAUAGCUGCACUGCAAAUAGUGAGUAUAAGAAGAGUUUGGAGCUCAGGGCUGGCUGAGCAUUUUCAGUCAGGUGAAUGAAAUGACACAACUUCAGCAGUCAAGUAGGAAGAGGCGAAGAGGUCAGUCCAGUCCUCUGUCUUCCAUGCUGGCCACCCCAGACAUCACUCAAAAGGAGCAGCAUGAGUCCAUGAACUCCCUGCACAUCUCUGUAGGAGGCCUCCCAAUGCUGGCUUCAAUGGCCAAUAACACGGACCCUCGUUUCCGCCUUAAGUGGAGACCGAUAGCAGCAGUGGCCUUCUCCCUGCUGGUAGUGCUUCUGCUCUUGAUGCACCUAAACUCAGGUCUGCAGUCCAAGCCUUACACCACCCAUAGUAAUGGGAGAGCGUCUGAGAGCCACACCUGGCAGUUUGGUUCCCUCUACAACCACACCUACCCUCUCAGUCCACCAGAGCACACGCCGCACGGCACGCGGUAUCGUAUUGGAGUCAUUGCCGAUCUGGACCACAGUUCUAAGAGCACAAAGAAGCAGACGUGGUUCAGCUACAUGCGGCGUGGGUACCUGUUGGUGUCCCAGAGUGGCGAUAAGGUGGCAGUGGAGUGGGACACGGACCGCGUGGUGCUGGAGAGCCACCUGUCGGAGAGUGGGAGAGGAAUGGAACUGUCCGAGCUUGUGGUCUUCAACGGGAAGCUCUACAGCGUGGAUGACAGAACGGGUGUGGUGUACCACAUCGACGGCAGCAAGGCCGUGCCGUGGGUCAUCUUGCCUGAUGGCGAUGGCAAUGUUCCAAAAGGCUUCAAAGCUGAGUGGCUGGCAGUGAAGGAUGAACACUUGUACGUUGGUGGUCUGGGGAAGGAGUGGACCACCACUGAAGGGGUGUUUGUCAACAACAACCCAGAGUGGGUGAAGGUUAUUGGCUUUGAAGGGGACAUAAAACAUGAGAACUGGGUCCCCAAAUACAAAGCUCUGAAGGUGGCUGCUGGGAUCGAGCCUCCAGGUUAUCUCAUCCACGAGUCUGCAGCCUGGAGCGACACCCUGCAGCGCUGGUUCUUCCUCCCUCGCCGAGCCAGCAACGAGCGCUACGAGGAGGUGGCAGACGAGCGCCGUGGCACAAACCUGGCCCUGAGCUGCUCGCCCAAUUUUAAAGACAUUAUUGUGAGUCGAGUGGGUCCCCUUAACCCCACUCAUGGCUUCUCCUCCUUCAAAUUUGUCCCCAACACAGAUGACCAGAUAAUUCUGGCCCUCAAGUCAGAGGAGGACGCCGGAAAUAUCGCGACGUACAUCACGGCCUUCACCCUUGACGGACGCAUCCUCUUACCUGAAACAGUGAUCGGGGACGUGAAAUAUGAAGGCCUGGAGUUCAUUUAGAUGACUCUGAGACUGAGGGACACUCCUGAGGACACUGCACUGUCUUUCUGUGUUUAAGUAUGUUUAAGUUAAUGUAUCUGCUGCUCUCUGACUAAAACAUGACUCCACCUGAGCUUCAGUAAUUGAGCAGGAGCGUUUUAAUCUGCUGCUGGCAGAGACUGAGUUUGGGCGCAUGAUCUCCUUCCUGGACACUGGUGUGUCCCUGCAGGACUGCACAUAUUCUUUGAAUGAAUGUACAAUUGUGUGAUUCUUCACACUGUGAUUUUGUUUUGCCCCCUAAAAUCAUUUUCAUCAUGCACAUACUCCACACUGUGGGAAAAUCCGAAAUGUCCCCUUUUCGUCCAUGUGAACCAUCGUCAAUUUCAACAUAUUUACGGUGCAUCAAAAUGCAGUGUGUUUAUAUCCUUUAUUAAAAAACAGUGAUUGAAGGAU